GGUUUUUUUUAGCUUAGCGGUCUCAGUAAUCAAAAUUCCAGACUAUGUUGAAAACCGUCUAUUUCCGGCUUCCCUCCAUCCGUCGUUUCUUUAGGUAAAUUCUGUUGAUUGAAGUUAAAUACUAAUGGCGGGUUUGUUUCAGGAACAAGAAAAAGAUGAAGACUACAGAGCUCAGUUGACGUACUUGGAGGAGUCAGUGGAAGCCCAUCCUGAAGACCCCUCUCUUCGUUUUGAUCUCGGACUGUUGUUGUGGGAGAAAGGAGGUGAAUCCAAGGAAAUCAAGGAGAAAGCCGCCCAACAUUUCGUUAUAUCGGCCAAAUUGAAUCCCGACAAUGCAGAUGCUUUCAGAUAUUUGGGGCAUUUCUACUUUGGUGCCGAUUCUCAAAGGGCUAUCAAGUGUUAUCAGAGGGCCAUCACUCUCAACCCUGAUGAUUCGGAAUCUGGGGAAUCCCUAUGUGAUCUGUUGGACAAUUCUGGAAGGGAGAGCUUGGAGCUGGCAGUGUGCGUGGAAGCCUUGGAGAAGUCUCCAAGGGCCUUUUGGGCUUUUCGGAGAUUGGGUUACCUCCAUCUUCAUCACACCAGAUGGUCUGAAGCCGUUCAGAGUCUUCAACACGCCAUUAGAGGUUAUCCCACCUGCGCUGAUUUAUGGGAAGCUCUGGGUCUUGCCUACCAGCGACUUGGCAUGUUUACUGCUGCUACUAAGUCCUAUGGGCGAGCCAUUGAGUUGGAGAAUACGAGAGUUUUUGCUUUGAUUGAAAGUGGAAAUAUCUUCUUGAUGCUCGGUUCCUUCAGAAAGGGAGUUGAACAGUUUCAGCGAGCUCUGGAGAUUUCAACUCAAAAUGUAUCUGCAAACUAUGGUCUAGCUUCUGGACUCCUAGGUUUGUCAAAGGAAUGUAUGAAUUUGGGCGCAUUCAAGUGGGGAGCGUCAUUAUUACAAGAUGCAGGGAGAGUCGCAGAGGUAAAUGCCGAGUUGGCUGGAAAUGUUUCAUGUAUCUGGAAGUUGCAUGGUGACGUUCAACACACUUAUGCAAAAUGUUGUCCCUGGAUGGAAGGGGACUGCGAUACGGAAUUUGGUGCAGAUGCUUUUGAUGAUUCAAUCUCUUCCUGGAAGCAAACUUGUCGUUUGGCUGCAAUGUCUGCCAGAAGGUCUUAUCAACGGGCUCUGCACUUGUCCCCAUGGCAAGCUAAUCUCUAUAUCGACAUUGCAAUAACUUUGGAUCUCAUUUCUUCUAUGAAUGAGAAUUAUGGGCAUGAAAUAUAUCCUUGGCAGCUUUCAGAGAAGAUGGUCUUUGGGGCCUUGUUUCUUGAGGGUGACAAUUAUGAGUUCUGGGUGACACUAGGAUGUUUAUCUGGUCAUAGUGCAAUGAAACAGCAUGCCUUGAUUAGGGGUUUGCAAUUGGAUGUAUCGUCAGCUGUUGCUUGGGCUUAUCUUGGGAAGCUUUAUAGAGAAGAAGGUGAGAAGAUAUUGGCAAGACAGGCAUUUGAUUGUGCCAGAAGUUUAGAUCCCUCACUUGCAUUACCAUGGGCAGGAAUGGCUGCUGAUGCUCAUGCUAGGGAGCCUGCUGCAGAUGAUGCUUUUGAGAGCUGUUUACGAGCUGUGCAGAUAUUACCUCUUGCAGAGUUCCAAAUUGGUCUUGCUAAGCUUGCUUUGCUCUCAGGUCAUCUUUCAUCUUCACAGGUAUUUGGAGCCAUCCAGCAGGCAGUUCUGCGUGCUCCUCACUAUGCAGAAUCUCAUAAUUUGAAAGGGCUAGUUUGUGAGGCGCGAUGCGAGUAUCAAGCUGCUGUUGCUUCGUAUAGGCUAGCAACCUAUGCAAUCAACAUUUCACCAGACAAUGCUUCAAAAUCUCAUUUCCGAGAUAUAGCAGUUAACUUGGCACGAUCUCUUUGUAGGGCGGGUUAUGUUGCAGAUGCAGUUCAUGAAUGUGAAAAUUUGAAGAAAGAAGGUAUGCUUGGUGCUGAAGGCAUGCAGAUAUAUGCUUUAUCCUUAUGGCAACUUGGUAAGAGUGACCUUGCUGUUUCUGUGGCAAGAAAUCUGGCUGCUAGUGUACCUAAAAUGGAGCGAGCAUCUGCAGCAGCUGCUAUUAGUUUCUUAUGCAGAUUGUUUUAUUGCAUUUGCGGACUAGAUUCAGCAAUUACUAGCAUUUUGGAAUUGCCAAAAGAACUGUUUCAGAGUUCAAAAGUCAGCUUUAUACUGUCCGCUAUACAUGCUCUUGAUCAGAGUAAUCGACUUGAGUCAGUUGUUUCAAGCAGUCGGUACUCACUUGAAUCUCAUGAAGAUGUCACUGGAAUGCACCAUCUAAUAGCACUUGACAAAUUGGUUAAACAUGGAUCUGAAUCUUGCCUUGGGUUUCAAAGUGGAGUUAGUUAUCUGAAAAAAGCUCUUCAUAAGUAUCCUAACAGCAAAUUGAUGAGGAAUUUGCUGGGUCACCUUUUGCUAUCCACUGAAGAAUGGAAAGACACUCAUCUAGCAACUAGGUGCUGCGUCAUAGAUGUUCCAUACGGUACCAGUAAAGUAGCUUUUAGGUCAGGACAUGAGAUCCUUGGUGCUGGAGCAGUUGCUUGCUAUGCAAUUGGAAAUAAAGACCCAAAAUUUUUUUACCCAACAUGUGGUUAUCAGUGUCUGCAUGGAUCUGAAGCCAUUCAAGAACUGCUGAAAUACUUGCGUCAAGAACCAUGGAACCAUAAUGCACGAUAUUUGCUUAUACUUAAUAUUUUACAGAAGGCACGUGAAGAGAGAUUCCCUCAGCAACUUCGUCAUAUGCUAAAGCAACUAAUAUCAGUGCAACUCUCCAAUGAGCUAUAUUCUAGAGGAAGCUUGUCAUAUCAAUAUCAAAAGUUUCAGCUUCUUCUCUGUAUGUCUGAAAUUUGUUUGCAAGGUGGAAAUCUAUUUGAUUGUAUUGAGCAUGCUAAAAAUGCCGUGUCACUUUCCCUCCCUCAUCACUACCUAUUUUUUGGACACUUGCUCUUAUGUCGAGCGUAUGCUGCUGAAGGCAACCUUGUUAAGCUUCAGGAAGAGUAUAUAAGAUGCCUGGAACUUAGGACAGAUUAUCAUAUGGGAUGGAUAUGUCUUAAAAUCAUGGAAUCCCAAUAUGACAUUCAAAUUGAUUCAAAUAUCUUCGACCUUAGUUUCAAGAAAUGCCCAAAAGAAUGGAAGACUUCAUGGAAUAUGUGGAUGGCUGUGUUUAAUUUGGUUUUUGGUCUAGUAUCUUUAUGGAAUAAGGAGUUUUCAUCUGCUGAAGAAUCCCUUGCUGAAGCUUGUUCUCUGGCGGGUGCUGACAGCUGUCUUUUUCUCUGUCACGGUGCUGUAUGUAUGGAGCUUGCCAGACAGUUAUGUAAUUCGCAAUACUUAGCACUUGCUAUUAGGAGUCUCAACAAAGCCCAUGCAAAUUCUAUUGUUCCCUUGCCUAUUGUAUCCUUGUUGCUAGCACAAGCAGAAGGGAGCCUUGGUUCUAAGCAGAAAUGGGAGAAGAACCUCCGGCAAGAAUGGUAUUCUUGGCCACCAGAAAUGAGACCUGCAGAACUCUUCUUUCAAAUGCAUUUGCUUGCAAGACAAUCAGAAGCUGGAUUUGACUCUUCAUCCAACGUGGAAUUCUGUCAAAGCCCACUGAAAUGGGUUCUUCGGGCUAUUCAUACUAAUCCUUCUUGUGUGAGAUAUUGGAAGGUUUUACCAAAGCUUAUGGAAUGAGCUGAGCACACCUCAGGAGUGCACAUAUGUGGAAGUCUAAGGGAAGAAGGGUAAUUUUUCAAGGAUCCUGCAUCAAAUGAUGUCCUCAACCUUGGGUUAAGCUGGCGUAUGGAUGCAUCAAAGGGUUGUUGAGGCACUCCUGGCACUUGUGGUUGCAAGUGUGCGACACUGCAGCUCUCCAUACUGGUGGAGACAGAUGUAAGGUCCAUGCAUAUUAUGGCCUUUUGAUGGCGUAGUUACACGAGACAAGUAUACCCAUAGCAUCUCUCAAGGGAUGCGGGAGGUGUUUUAAAACACUGCAAUGCUUUAGCAUGUUGCUAACCUAGAGGAGCAUUCUAGCCAUUAGAAAAGACCACAAUAAUGGGUCGUUCCAGAGAAUGUAUAUGCACUUGAAAUGAUUUGAUGCUCCUGAAGAAAAUUUUCAUUGAACUGUAUCAGAUACUUGGAUACUUCCCUGAGAGUGUUAUUAUAUGAAGUAAUACCAUUGAUGUGAAGAGAA